UGAAUCUGUGAUCCCUCCCACCAUCUAUGCCCCUCCCCCCACCAAAACAAAAACUCAUUAUAAUUAAAUCUGUGGCUCUACGGCUCAGAGGGCUCACGGACUGGACUAGGCUUAGCCCUACUGUUUCUGGCCAUGGCUUGCGCCACUUGGCUCCACCCAUUUCCUUUACCUCACGCUCUCGUCCCCACUCCCCGGCGCCGGUCUGCUCUUACCGCCACCUUUCACGGGGUCACCCGGCCCUCCUCGCCCGGUCGGCUUUUCUCCUUCGCGAACCGGCCCUCCUCACCUCCACUCAGUCCGGUCCUCGCGCAAGCCAAGCGGGGCUUCUCAUUCAAAGACGACGAAGUAGCUUCUCCCGAUGAUCUUCGCUUUGAAGCGCCGCUCAGAAUAGUGGAAUAUCCAGACCCUAUACUGAGAGCGAGGAACAAGCGGGUCGAUUUGUUUGACGAUAAUUUGAAGAAGCUCGUCGAAGAAAUGUUCGACGUAAUGUACAAAACUGAUGGUAUUGGGCUCUCCGCACCCCAAGUAGGAAUUAAUGUUCAACUCAUGGUGUUUAAUCCUGUUGGCGAACGUGGUGAAGGAGAGGAAAUUGUUCUUGUAAAUCCAAGAGUAAACAGAUAUUCAAAGAAAAUGGUGCUUUUUAAUGAAGGUUGCCUAUCCUUCCCACAGAUUUAUGCUGAUGUUGAGAGACCAGAAUCUGUGAAGAUUGAUGCAAGGGACAUUAAAGGUGCAAGGUUUACUGUCAACUUGUCUGGUCUUCCUGCACGGGUUUUCCAGCAUGAAUUUGACCAUUUGCAGGGUAUUCUGUUCUUUGAUAGAAUGACUGAUGAAGUUCUUGACAGCAUUCGUGUGCAGCUACAGGCCUUAGAAAAGAAGUAUGAGGAUAAGACAGGAUUGGCAAGCCCUGAAAGAGUAGAAACCCGCAAAAGGAAGACGGUUGCGGCUGGUUUUGGAAAAUCAUGAACAUACUAGCUUCCAUAGACACAUCAGCUUAGUAUUAGGGAUGGUGCUGGAUGAAUUACUUACAGGAACUUACUGAGAAGAGACAAAGAUCAAAUACAUGAACCAAUAAGAGGAAAAAAUGGCUGAUUCACAAAUUAUGCAUGUAUAUAUAUAUAUAUAUAUAUAUACUGGAGGGUAAGGUCGUGAGUUCAGGGCCCACGAGGUGCUUGUGUAACGUGUAAACUGAUUUUUUUCAGAUGUACCAUGUAAACUAGGAUGCAGCUCCUCUUAUUCUAGGACAUUGUUUCUGAAAUCCAUUCUUAAGUACAUAAUAAUGAUGCUUGUGUAGUCGUCAGAGAAUAUCAUGCUGAAAAAAUCUUUUCAACUCCAGCUUAAAAGAUGAUGCACCUGAGCUAUGUUUCACAAAUGGAAAAAUACAUUCAAGAUUUUCUAGAAACCAGAACCAAGAAAAUAACAAUGUUCUGCACUUUGCAAUAUAAGUAAAAAUAAACAAACACCUACGGAAAAGAAGGUUCAAAUUUGCAUCAUUAAUCACUCAUUACUCCAUGAGAAACCAUUGCAUCCCUGCACUGUAUCUGUCCUCAAGGCUAAGGCCAGCAAGAAUUAUGAUUAGACUGAAAUCUAGUGCUUGUCAGCAAACAGGCAAUUGGAGGGAUAGUUCUAGUUCUCAGUUUUCCAUAUGCUCUCCAACAGAAAGAUUCACACAAGUCAUAGUUAACUUGAAGUGGCAUUAACUCUAUGUUAGCUAGUGAUAAACCUGUGCAGGGCAAGCCGUCGCUGCAUGCGAAGUGUACAGGUUUGACUGUGUAUGUUCCUCGUAUAUUUUCGUAGUUUAUGCCUGACACUGCCACAGCUGAUGUUUUGUUUUGGCAUUUGCUUUUGUCACUAGCACAGUAGAAUUGGUCGAUCAUGAUUGGGAUUUGAACUUGAGAAACUAGGAUGUUUGAGAACAUGAUUCCUUGGACUGAACCUGAGCCACCCUGCAGUGGGAAACUAUAAGGAAAUGUCUAGUAGGGAUUGGAAGUUUACAUAUAUGGUUUUGAAUUAGAGAAGGAUAUUGAUGGUAUAAUAAAUAGGUUGUGUAAUUAUAUUAUACCUGCCAUGUUUUUAUUCUGACGCCAGUCAGAGUAUUAUGCAGUGUGAUGUCUCGGACGGUGAUGUUUGAAACACAAGCUUUGGUGUUAUCCAUUCCUAGCGCUCCAAUGCUGAUUCCAUGUCCAGGUCCGCAAUUGACAUUGUGUAUGUACACAUUUGAGCAUCCAGUUUGUAUGGAUACACAAUCAUCUCCUGCAGAAUGGAGUAGUUCAUAUGACCCUUAAUAAUUUACUCAUGAAAUUCCGGGCCUCUUUGGCUCAUAUAGGUAAAUGAAUUGCGAGAUUGAGGGAUUUGGUGCCCCUUAAA